AUGCCGGGGAUGGACCUCGUGCCGGGGAAGGAACGCCACCAUGAAGCCGCGCUACGAGCGGCAAGGAAGGAAAGGAAGAAUGAGAUAAAAGCGGCGUGUGCCCCUGUGGCAGACCGUGAAGGUGGGCUCUUGGCGCCGACCCAAGCUCAGCCAGACCCCUCCUCGCGCUUCACAUGGGCGCAGCGACGGGACGACCCGCUGCCACCUUCGAAGCGGGUGCGGCGGCUGGUCAUAACCACCGCUGCUGGAGCUGUCACCGGGGCAAGAGCCGCCGUAGCUAGACGAGACGCGGUCGACGCCAAGGGCGGCUUCGCUCUCAUCCUCGUCACGACCAUCGCCAAGCUACACAAAAGACCCAGCCCACCCCCGCUUGUCCUGUUCCUCUCGCUACAGGGGACAAGGGGGGCCGUGGCAGCCAUCCGCCGGCGAUGGCCGUGCGUGGCGGCCAUCCGUCCCCUGCCCCUGCCUACAAAGCCCCCCCGGGCGCCCCCUCGAAACCCUAGCGCCCUCCUCCUCUCGCCCCCAUCUCCCUCCCUCGCGCUCGGCCUCGUCGGCCUCCUCCGCCCCACCUCGCCGUCGCCGUCAUCAUCGCGGCCACCGUCGUUUCCGUUGCUCGGCAGCACAUCAAGGAGGUCCGGUGUGGCCUGCUUUGUCCGUCCUGAGCACCAAACCGAGUCGGGGCGGCCCAUACGCUCUGCAUCGCCGUCGUCUCCUCGCCACGACCGCCAUCUCUCAUCGUCAAAUUCGACGCAUCCCGGUCACCCCGCGCUCGCUGACCUCAACCACAAACACCAGGAUGGUGGAGUCAAGGAGCCAGAUGCCAUCUUUGACGACUACUACUACCCCGAGGGUGCCUACUACUACAUGGAGGCCGCCGACGACCAGGAGUAGUUAGGAGGCUCCCGGGCAGGAGGCCUGGCCUUUUUGGUCGUAGAUGCUUUUGUUCUAGCCUUCUUAAGGCAAACUUGUCUAACUUAUGUCUGUACUCAGAUAUUGUUGCUUCCGCUGACUCUUGUGUAUUCGAGCCCUCGAGGCCCCUGGCUUGUAAUAUAAAGCUUGUAUUAUUUUAUUUUGUGUC